ACCAAGAUGAAAUGCGACACAUUGGCAAGAAGAGCCAUCCUCUUCGUCGCUUUCAUCGCAGCGACCACCAUCCUCUAUGGACUCACCACCAGACUCUUAUUCACAGCUCCUAAUUACGAUGACGUGAGCAUUGACCCAGAAGGAGGAAGCUACUACGACUAUGGUUCCAAAGUCGCUGCUGCUGUCUGGAAAGGAGCUGGCCAGUGGAUAGGCAUGUCAAGCGAUGGCACAAUCGAGACGACAAUGAGCCAUGAAGACAUGAUGGUCAAGUCGAAAGAGCAGGGAGAGGACUCUACGCCUACGCAAAGUGGUGCACUGAAUCCGGAGGAGACUUUCGCUGCUAUUGCGAAUCAAGACAACAAGUCAAGGGAACGACGACUCCGGUCUCGUCGUGCAUAUUCCAAGAUGAACCGAGGUCGACGUUGA